UGUUGCUAGAAGGAGGAGGUUUUGUUUAAAGAUGCUGUGCAGAAAGAAUUCAGUUAGUUGUGGGCGUGGAUCGGUGCCGGUGUAUCUAAACGUAUACGAUCUUACUACCAUUAAUGGUUAUGCAUAUUGGCUUGGUCUUGGGGUUUACCAUUCUGGUGUUCAAGUUCAUGGAAUAGAGUAUGCAUUUGGAGCUCAUGAGUAUUCGACGACGGGGAUUUUCGAAGGGGAACCGAAACAGUGCGAGGGAUUUACGUUUAGGAAGGCGAUUUUGAUUGGAUGGACUGAGAUGAGUCAUGGAGAAGUGAAAAGAGUAAUGGAAGAGUUUGCUGAAAAGUAUAGGGGAAAUGCUUAUAAUCUUAUUACUAAGAAUUGUAAUCAUUUCUGCAAUGAUGCUUGUGUUAAACUUUCCGGCAAUCCUAUCCCUAGUUGGGUAAAUCGACUUGCACGAAUCGGUUUGUUUUGCAAUUGCAUAAUUCCAGUGAGCUUGAACUCGACCAAAAUUGGCCACCAUCGUAUCGAAGACAAGGCAGGUGAAGGGGAGAAGAAGAAACUAAGAAGCCGCUCUAGUAGGCUGACUCCAUCCUCGGAUUCAUCAUCUCCAUCUUCGUCGUGUUCACCUCCGCUUGUCACAACCUCAAGCAACAGAAGCAGAGGCAAAAGCCCGGUGCCUUCAUCUUCACCAUUGAUAGCCAAUUCAAUUUAGAUUUCUUGAUGAAGAAGAAGAAAGCCGCUCUACAUGCUUUGUUCUGUUUUACAAUUGAUUCUUUUGCACCUUACUUGAUAAACACUACAGCUGUUCAGGAAGCCCUGAAAAGAUUCUGUGCAUGAAUGAUUUCAAUGAAUUGGGUAUAAACU